AUGCCAGGCCGACUCUUAUUAUGGUCCUGGCAAUGGGCGCCGAGGCGGGUGUCGCCGAUACACCGCAGUCCUGCAUUCAGCGUGCGUCCAAGGACCGGCCUUGAUACAUUGCCUUCGAGCAGGCGCUUUCUAUCGUCGGCCCAUACUCCCCCUGAGAACGCGGCAGUCGCUUUUCAGUCAGCGGAUCGGCUCUCGGGACGGACAUGCAUGAUCACUGGCGGGACUUCAGGCAUUGGGUUUGCCAUCGCAGAAAGAUUCCUGCAAGAGGGUGCCUCUAGUGUCAUCCUCGUCGGCCGCUCACAGAAGCGCCUACAGGAUGCAGCAGGCAGACUGGGUGUCUUGACCGGAGCAUUACCCAAUAGUGACAACAAUAAUUUCGGUCAAGUUGCGGCUCGCGCCCCCGAAGACGACACACAAAAUCUCAACAAGAUCCGUUUACUCUUGGGCGAUGUCUCCGACGCCGGAUCAUGGAUGCGCGAACUCGAAAAGGAAAUGUCCUCUGUCGAUGUGCUGGUCAACGCAGCAGGCGUCUCCAUCUCCAACAUCCUCCCGCGCUCCGACCCAGAACACAUCUCACAGAUCCUCCGCACUAACCUCGAGGGCGCAAUGCUAACGUCGCGAGCACUGAUGCGCGCUUCGAUCCGCAGCAGAGCCCGUAACCGUACGGACGCAGCAGGAGAGGGGAAACCCUCCUCGAAAUGUAUCAUCAACGUGUCCUCGCUCCUCGCGCUCAAAGGUGGGACCGGCGCCGUGCCAUACGCGGCAUCCAAGGCGGGACUACUCGGAAUGACGCGAUCACUCGCUGUUGAAGCGGCCGCGUCAUUGAAAGAUAUUGUGAUUCGGUCAAAUGCCAUUGUGCCGGGGUAUAUUGAGACGCCCAUGAUUGCAGACUUCACUCCCGGGGAAACUGGCAGGCUGAAGGAUCUGAUUCCUCUGCAUCGAUUUGGAGACCCACGCGAGGUUGCUGAUGCCGCUGUGUUCUUGGCGCAGAAUGAAUAUGCGAACAACUGUGUGCUCAAUCUCGACGGAGGACUGAGUGCUGUGUAA